GGCGCGCCAUUCCGGACCCUACACUCCAGCUCCACUCUCCCAUGGCUUCCUCCGCCCUGCCUUCCAGAACCUUGCACCGCCGCGCGCUCCCCUCGUCUACGCCGUGCCACCCUGCGACGGAGACCUUCGCCCCCGGCGCCGUCUCCCGGCGGCGAGCAGCCGUGCGGCUCCUCUCCGCCGGGUUCCUGACCGCCGUCGCGCCGCCGCCGUCGCUCGCCGCGAGGAGGGGACGCGUUGUCGUGCCACCGGAGGACUACGCCACUGCACCCGAUGGUCUCAAGUACUACGAUCUUGUCGAAGGGAAGGGACCAACUGCUGAGAAGGGCUCAACCGUGCUGGUCCACUUCGACUGCAUUUACCGUGGCAUCACCGCGGUGUCGAGCCGUGAGUCGAAGCUCCUGGCGGGGAACCGGAGCAUCGCCCAGCCUUACGAGUUCAUCGUUGGGUCGCUGCCUGGGAAAGAACGCAAGCGGGAUUUCGCGGACAACGCCAACGGGCUGUACUCGGCGCAGGCGGCUCCGAAGCCUCCGGCCGCCAUGUACACCAUAACCGAGGGGAUGAAGGUGGGGGGAAAGAGGAGAGUGAUUGUCCCUCCAGAGCUGGGGUAUGGGAAGAGGGGAAUGAGUGAGAUACCGCCUGACGCUCCUUUUGAACUGGAUAUAGAGCUACUGGAAGCCGUUUCUCCUGCCAAAGAAUGAGCUUUUCUGUUUCUAGCAGACAGGGGGGGGGGGGGG